AAGCCUUUGAAAUUGUGGUACGGCACGCAAGAAACUUCACCAAUACCAUGUUUAGGAACCACUACCAGAGCAUGGGACCCAGAGCUCUCAAGUUUGUUGGAGAGCUUUUUACUGAUAUCUCGCUGUACAUCUUGGGCUCGGACAUUAGCGUUAACGACAUGAUAAAUGAGUUUUUCGACAGCUUAUUCCCCUUGGUCUACUCUCACUUGAUCAAUCCCGGCCUCUCUGAUCCCUCCACAGACGCAACUGAAUGCCUGCGGGCAACUAGGAGAGACCUCAAGGUCUUCGGUAACUACCCCAAGACGAUGAUGACGCAGGUGUCCAAGUCUCUGCAGGCCACGCGGGCCUUCCUGCAGGCGCUCAACCUGGGCAUCGAGGUGAUCAACACCACGGAGCACCUCAAGUUCAGCAAGGAGUGCGGGCGCGCGCUGCUCCGGCUCUGGCCCCACGACAUGGAGCGCGUCCUGCUCGGCCUCUUCUCCUUGGUGCGCGACGCCGUGGCGCACGUGCUGAAGGACGGAGCGAAGCUCUCGGCCGCCCGGCGGCAUCGCUCGGCUGGUCACCCCCAAGAGCUGCUCGCUGGCGAGAAGGUCCCCAGGGCGGCUCGCAGUGAGCAAGAAGAAACCCUGUCCGACCGCAGGAGGGAGCUCAUCGCGAAGCUGAAGUCCCACAGCGGGUUCUACAGCAGCUUGCCAGAGUACGUGUGCAGCCACAGCUCCGCCGUGAGGAACGACAGCCGCUGCUGGGACGGGCAGGAGAUCGUGGACAGAUACGGUCCCCAAACCACAAGGAAUGGAGCGAAAGCCCAGCCUGGCACCCACGAGGUGAAGAUGAGAGGUGCCGAGCCAGUCAUCAGCCAGAUCAUUGACAAGCUGAAACACAUCAACCAGCUGCUGCACGGGAUGGCUCUGCCGCGCCGAAAAGCUCUGGGCAAACGGGGACGGGGACGGCACCGGGGCUCGGUUUGUCCAGGGCAGCCCCGGGUGGGAGGUGCCGGUCCCAGCGCCCCGCGUGGCUCCUCCAAAGACCAGACAACCCAACCUGGAUAG